CCGGCGGCGCGCACUUCCGGAAGAGGCCGCAGCUGCAGCAUGCUGUCGGAGCUGGGUUUCAUCGGAACCAUAGGCGACGAUGACGAGGUCCCGGCGGAGCCCGAGUCUGACUCCGGAGACGACGAGGAGGAGGGGCCCAUUGUGCUGGGCCGCAAGCAGAAGGCCUUGCAGAAGAGCCGCAGUGCCGACUUCAACCCUGACUUUGUUUUCACUGAGAAGGAGGGCAUGUAUGAUGGCAGCUGGGCCAUGGCUGAUGUCUUGAGCCAGCUUAAGAGGAAGAGAGCAGCCACUACACUAGAUGAGAAGAUUGAGAAAGUGCGGAAGAAGAGGAAAGCUGAGGAUAAAGAAGCCAAGGGUGGGAAGUUGGAGGAGAAAGAAGGCAAGGCAGACUGUGACCCAGAGCGGGAGGACCCAACAGGGAAGGAGGAGGCAGGCUCUGCAGAUAGCGACUCUGAGACCGACUACUCCUCUGCUGAUGAGAAGGUCCUCACUAAAGCAGACACUCUCAAGGUAAAGGAGAAGAAGAAGAAAAAGAAGAAGGGCCAGGAAGCAGGAGGAUUCUUUGAAGACGCCUCUCAGUAUGACGAAAACCUCUCCUUUCAGGAUAUGAAUCUGUCACGGCCUCUCCUGAAGGCCAUUACAGCCAUGGGCUUCAAGCAGCCCACUCCCAUCCAGAAGGCGUGCAUUCCUGUGGGUCUGCUGGGGAAGGACAUCUGCGCCUGUGCAGCCACUGGGACAGGAAAAACUGCAGCCUUUGCUCUGCCAGUCUUGGAGCGUCUGAUCUACAAACCCCGCCAGGCCCCAGUCACCCGUGUGCUGGUGCUGGUUCCCACCCGAGAGCUGGGCAUUCAGGUGCACACGGUCACCAAGCAGCUGGCCCAGUUCUGCAACAUCACCACCUGCCUAGCUGUGGGCGGAUUGGAUGUGAAGUCUCAGGAAGCAGCUCUUCGGGCUGCACCAGAUAUCCUCAUUGCCACCCCUGGUCGUCUCAUAGACCAUCUCCACAACUGUCCUUCCUUCCACCUGAGCAGCAUUGAGGUGCUCAUCCUGGAUGAGGCCGACAGGAUGUUGGAUGAGUACUUCGAGGAGCAGAUGAAAGAGAUCAUCCGAAUGUGCUCCCACCACCGCCAGACCAUGCUCUUCUCGGCGACCAUGACAGAAGAAGUGAAGGAUCUGGCUUCAGUCUCCCUGAAGAAUCCUGUCCGGAUAUUUGUGAACAGCAAUACAGAUGUGGCUCCUUUCCUGCGGCAAGAGUUCAUACGGAUCCGGCCAAACCGGGAAGGGGACCGGGAGGCCAUUGUGGCAGCUCUGCUGACGAGAACCUUCCGUGACCACGUGAUGCUGUUCACCCAGACCAAGAAGCAGGCCCAUCGCAUGCACAUCCUGCUGGGGCUGCUGGGGCUGCAGGUGGGUGAGCUCCAUGGCAACCUGUCACAGACGCAGCGGCUGGAGGCCCUCCGGCGCUUUAAGGAUGAACAAAUUGAUAUCCUGGUGGCCACAGAUGUGGCAGCCCGUGGACUUGACAUUGAGGGAGUCAAAACGGUCAUCAACUUCACCAUGCCCAACACCAUCAAACACUAUGUGCAUCGGGUGGGGCGAACAGCUCGUGCUGGCAGGGCUGGGCGCUCCGUGUCUUUGGUGGGAGAAGAGGAGCGGAAAAUGCUGAAGGAAAUUGUGAAGGCUGCCAAGGCCCCGGUGAAGGCCCGGAUUCUUCCCCAAGAUGUUAUCCUUAAAUUCCGAGACAAGAUUGAGAAGAUGGAGAAGGAUGUAUAUGCAGUGCUGCAGCUGGAGGUGGAAGAGAAAGAGAUGCAGCAUUCGGAAGCCCAGAUCAACACUGCAAAACGACUGUUGGAGAAAGGAAAGGAGGCAGCAAACCAAGAGCCUGAGAGGAGCUGGUUCCAGACCAGAGAAGAAAGGAAGAAAGAAAAAAUUGCCAAGGCUUUGCAGGAGUUUGACUUGGCCUUAAGAGGAAAGAAGAAAAGGAAGAAGUUUAUGAAGGAUGCCAAGAAAAAGGGAGAGAUGACUGCAGAGGAGAGGUCCCAAUUUGAAAUCCUCAAAGCACAGAUGUUUGCAGAGCGCAUGGCUAAGAGGAACCGCAGAGCAAAGCGAGCCCGGGCAAUGCCGGAUGAGGAACCAGCGUCAGGACCCGCUAAGAAGCAGAAACAGAGGAAGACAUCUGUAUUUGACGAGGAACUCACCAACACCAGCAAGAAGGCCUUGAAGCAGUACCGAGCUGGCCCGUCCUUUGAAGAAAGGAAACAGUUGGGUCUGUCCCGCCAGAGAAGAGGAGGAAACUUUAAGUCAAAGUCCAGGUACAAGAGGAAGUAGCGGAGGUGGCCUGAAGAGGCCCACGGGGCAGCUUAAUCCCUUCCCUGUGGGAAGUCAUCUAUUUGGUCUGUCUUCUGCUUGUUAAAAAAAUAAUUAUUGAAAAAGAA